CGCACACUCAGUCCGUUAUUUUUGCGUUUUUGAAGUUGAUUUCUACAUUAUGAACUUCUCUCUAAAACAGGAGUCCUGUUUUUCUGUGCAAGGUAACAAACUCUGGUAAGCCCGUUUAACUCUCUAAAUAGGCUAUAAAAAGAUAACCAGCGGUUUAUUACUGCGCUAAAAUGCCUACUGAACUAAAGCAGAGGAGGAAGACGCAGGCACAGAAGCAAAGCGAUGAACCAUCAGAAGGCUCAAACGGGAAAGAAGAAACGCAGAAAGUGAAGACUGAAGCAGGAGACAAGACAGGAGCGAGCAAAACGCCCUCGGGCCUGGACGUUAGAAGUCUAAUGUGCUUGUUGUCGCUCGCAGCUUGUGGGGCUCUGAGCUGGUUGGUGCUGCAGCAGAAUGAGAAAUUUUCCCAGAUUGAGGAAAAAUACAGAUCUCUACACGGAAAAACUUCCAGUCUGUUCGACAUGGAGGAGGAGAUUGUCAGAGUUUCCAAAAAGCUUGCCGCCUCUGAGGAUGACCUACAGGAUGCGCUCUCCACCAUCUCCCUGGUGACAAAACUCCAGCAGGACAUCUCCACCCUCCAUGCUGCUGUCACGACAAUACAGGUUGAUGAAAGCUCUGCCUCCCGUGAUCUGGAGAAGGUCAACGCCCACUUCCUCAACGUGACUGAGACGUGGCAAGAGAGUCUGGCAGCCAUCAACUCCGAUCUCACCUCCCUCAAGGUCGAGUCCAGGGACGCUCAUGCUGGAGCCACAGAGCGGGUGAAUGAAGCCGAGCGGAGAAUCCGUUCGCUGGCGGAGAGGCUGGAGGAGCUCAAGGACAGCACAAAGAGGAACGCCCGAGCUCUGGAGCGCACAGAGGAGGACGACGUCAAGCGAGCGCAGGAUCAGCUGGACUGGAACACCAAGCAGAUCCACAAGCUGGAGGAGCAGAUCGGCAUCCUGAACAAGAGGGAGGCCGAGCUGAGCUCUCAGCUCCAGGAACACAUUCCCCGUGCGAGGGCAUGCGAAGAGCAUCUGCCGGAGGUAGAGGAGGCGGUGCGCUCCAUCCUCAAACUAGGUGGAGAUCUAAGCGGGGUGGAGAAGAGGCUGGAGGAGGUGACCUUGCAGGUGUUUGGCACUGAGGACAGCAUGCUGAAAGCAACAAAUGAAAUCCUCGAGAUCAGACAGGAGCUGGACACCCUGCAGGCUCAAAACAGCAUCAUGAAGAUGAAAAAUGAGUUGUCCGUGGUUAAGGAGGCGGUCCGUGAACUCACCAUGGUGUUGAGGGAAAGUGGGGUUGACAGCCAAAUGAACUCUGACGCUCUGGAGGAAGUGGAAUGGAACGAGGAGGAGGAGGAGUGGGAGAAAGAUGAAGAGGAUAAAUUGACCGAGCCUUUUCUUGAUGACCUCACUGAAUGAUGUCAUUGGGUUUUUUUGUCCACUAGGAAAAAUGAGUAGGAAUGUCCUGUUUAACUGUACGCUGUAAACCCCUUAAGUUGAGUUUAGUAUUAUGUCUGUAAACUUUGUACCUCACUUUAAUGUCAGAAAACUAGCCUGAUGUCAACAUGAGCUCAUGAAAACACUGCACUGUAUUACAGAAGUUGGAUACAUUUACCUUUGUGCACCAUUUUAUUAAAUAUGCCCGACUACUCUCAAGGUAUCCAUAUGCACUGAUACAGUUUUACAGCAUUAAAUGUGCCAGUCUUUGUUCAGUCUUCUCUGCUUUUCUCUGUUUUAUUCAACUGUAAACUGGAUAUUUUUUAGGUUUUAAAGUUUUGAUUGAGAACAAAGCAGUUUCAUAUCACCACCUUUGAUGCAAGGUCGUCAUUAUUGGCCAUUUUCUUUGCGUGUUUUUGUUGUUUAAACAGCAAAAGAUUCCCUGAUCAGUUGGAAACAAGCAAUAAUGAACAGCGUCAAUAAAAUUUCUAAGUGUUAGAUUAGAUUUUAAACAGAAGAAGCUUUGCAAAUAUCAAGAUAAUCCGCAUAUUUGAAUGUCACAUUUCCAUCUUGUUCUGGUGUCAC